AUGCCUUGCGAAGACAGCACACCUUGCCAAGACAAGCACCUCACCAAAACAUCACACCUUGCCAAGACAGCACGCCUUGUCAAAACAUCACACCUUGCCAAGACAUCAUGCCUUGCCAAGAAGGCACGCCUUGCCAAGAGAGCACGCCUUGCCAAGACAGCACGCCUUGCAAAGACUGCACGCCUUGCCAUGACAGCACGCCUCGCCAAGACAAGACACCAAGACAGCACACCUUGCAAAGACAGCAUGCCUUGCCAAGACAGCACGCAUUGCCAAGACAGCACGCCUUGUAAAGAGAGCACACAUUGCCAAGACAGCAUGCCUUGCCAAGAGAGCACGCCUUGCCAAGACAGCAUGCCUUGCCAAGACAGCACUCCUUGCCAAGACACCACACCAUCCGAAGCAGUAUGCCUUGCCAAGACAACACGCCUUGCCAAGACAGCACCCCUUGUCAAUACAGCACACCUUGUCAAGACAGCACAACAUGCCAAGAGAGCAAGCCUUGCGAAAGCACAUCUUGCAAAGGCAGCACACCUUGCCAAGACAGCACGCUUUGUCAAGACAGCACACCUUGCCAAGACAGUAUACCUUGAGAAGACAGCAUGCUAUGCCAAGACAGCACACCUUGCCAAGACAGCACAUCUUGCCAAGACAGCACCCCUUGCAAAGACAGUAUGCCUUGCCAAGACGGCAUGCCUUGCCAAGACACCACGCCUUGUCAAGACACUAUGCCUUGCAAAGACAGUACGCUUUGCCAAGACGGCACGCCUUGCCAAGACAGCACGCCUUGUCAAGACAGUAUGCCUUGUCAAGACAGCAUGCCUUGCCAAGACAGCAUGCCUUGCCAAGGGAGCACGCCUUGCAAUGACAGCACAGCUCGCCAAGACAGGAGACCAAGACAGCGUGACUUGCCAAGUGAGCACGCCUUGCAACGACAGCAUGCCUUGCCAAAGAAACACACCUUGCCAAGACAGCAAACCUUGCCAAGACAGCACGCCUUGCCAGGACAGCACGCCUUGCCAAGACAGCACGCCUCGCCAAGACAAGACACCAAGACAGCACACCUCCCCAAUACAGCAAGCCUGGCCAAGAAAGAACUCCUUGACAAGACAGAACGACUUGACUAAACUGCACGUCUGUCCAA